CUACAUCAUUUGCCGGUAGGCGCGCGCAUCGAACGAACGCAGACUAGCAAAGUUCUACGCUCUCUCUAUGAUCGGCGGGAGCGUUGGAAGAUGAGUAAAGCAGCUCCUUUCUCCACAACUGGGAUCUUUGAAGAUGACAUCAGCGCGGCAGGCUCUGGGUUCAAAAUUUAGAGCGUCUUCUAUGGAGAAAAGAAGGCAUAACACGAGACACGCGGCUGCUAAAGCUGCUGCAGCCGUACCAUCUUUUAUUUCUUCCCAAACAACCCCAAACAUCUCCAAGUCCGAAAUGUAUGAAUCCUUCCAAGUUUGGGCAUUAAAGACUUACGGGGAUAGUGCCAAGACUAAAACAAUUACUCGACGCAAAUACAAUCGGAUAUUCAAAAUACUCAAGGGAGAAGAGCAGACGAAUGCUGAAAACUCAAAAUUUCGAUUUUGGGUCAAAGCCAAGGGCUUUCGAAUUGGACCUCCAGCGAGUCAAUCAUCCAGUGGCAAAACGUCAGACCAAGUUCUUUACAUUCCUUGUUCGAAAAUUCCGAAUCAUGAUAGUGAACGUGCAGAAAGUGUGGUUUAUAAGAAAGUUGCUGUUGUUGAAAACUUUUAUGACAUUAUCUAUGGCGUCCAUGUUGACAUGGAUGGUCGUGGGGGAAAACAUGCUGGCCAAAAAAGAACAUAUAAAGCGAUUGCGGAGAUGUAUUCUUUUCUUCCACGUGAAGCUGUGACCCAUUUCUUAAUGUCGUGUACGGAUUGUCAGAAGAGGAUGCAUCUUGGAACAGCAGAGCAAAAGACGGGCAGUAACCAUGACAACGGGCAGCUCGAAGAGAGCAUCAGUUCUGUUGGGGAGGAAACAACAGAUUCUUUGCACAUAGACUACAGUUUACCCAUCACUACAACAUAUCUUAAACACAUGAGGAGUCUAGGAUAUUCCGAUGAAGAAGCUCUCAAUCCUGAUCGGGAGGAUUCCGAGGAUAUUGAAAGCGAGAUCAGUGAAGAACCUAAUACUCCGCUAAAUUCAACAGGACAAAUUAGUUAUGAUAGUAUUUCUACUAAACCAGAAGAUGCAGUAGACAGUCCAGAGAGUCAGAAGUUGAGUGCAUCUCGUCAGGUUAAGCCAAUGCAGUGGUGCCAAGAACCAAUGAGCGAGGAACCAAUUAAUAUGAUUAAAGGAACUCUGCCAAACAGCCAUGAAGAUCAGUCAUUUGAUGUAAGUUCUUGUAACGGAUGCAUAAAGCGUGAAGCGUCUAGUACUCCAGAUAAUUUAUCAGCUGGUACAAAAGAAGAAGAUGAUGAAGAUGAAGACGAUGAUUCAGAUAAAAUUGACAUUAAUCGAUAUGAUCCCGAAAGACUGAAAGCUUUCAACAUGUUUGUUCGACUGUUUGUGGAUGAAAACCUGGACAGAAUGGUUCCUAUUUCUCGUCAACCUAAAGAUAAAAUACAAGCUAUUAUAGAUUCUUGUUCAAGACAGUUUCCAGAGUUUGGUGAGAGAGCAAGAAAAAGGAUUCGAACAUAUCUAAAAUCUUGUAGAAGAAAUAAAAGAACAAGAGAAAACACUAAUUGGGAAAUAGGUCGGAAUACACAACCCCACUUAACAUCAGCUCUUGCAGAACAGAUAUUGGCAAAUGCGUGUGAGAAUGAGAGUCAAAAUGCUAAAAGAAUGCGACUAGGACUCAAACCCUUAUCAGCUGAAGUAGAGAAUAUGAAGUCUGAACCAUCACGUAGUCCUCAACCUGAGACAAAUAUUUUACAAAAUACGUUGCGCCAUGGCAAAUCUUCCAGUUUACUAAAUGGGUCUUCAGCAUAUUCAUCUAAUUAUCGAUUUGUUGCUGUCAACGGCCAUGCAAGCUCUGUUACUAAUACCAACAACGGACCAACUGAUCUUAGCAUGAAGAAAAGCGUCAGUGGCAUAAAACAUAGCCUAAACUCAUCCGAAAUCACUGCUGUUAAACAGUUAAUAGCUGGCUAUCGAGAAUCAGCAGCAUUUCUUCUACGGUCAGCUGAUGAACUGGAACAGCUACUUUUACAGCAAAACUGAAGUACUGCCUUCUUAAAACUAUAUUUGGGCAUUUUAAAACUCAAUAUACAUUGAGCAUUGUGAUCUAUGAAAAAAGGGAUUUUUAAGUAUCAUACUUUUCUAGUAAGGUUAUAAAGAGUAUUUUUUCAAUCAACAUUCCUUGAUAUCAUUGUGAUAAGAAAUAUUUCGGCUAUGCCGAUGGUUUUUCAUUAUUUCCAACGAUUUCACUAACGGGUUUUUAAUCAUUCUACAACUGCCUUUUCAUGCUUCUAGAAAUCACUAUUGUAAUGUACAUUCAACACACACUUUUAUACAUCUAAAUGGCCUUUCAACUUUCAUGGUGUCUCACAUGAUUGCAUGAUAUCAUGAUGAAUGCAUAUGCAUUCUUCAUGAAUGCAUUUGUAUCCAUUAAUAUGUUCUUACACAUUGAGUCUGUAUUGGUGCAUGUGCAUCUUUUUAGAAUCAUCCUAUUAAUGUAUCUUUUAAUCUAAAAAUAACUAAUUCUGCAAUAUUCUGUUCUUAAGAUAAAGUUGCUCUUACUAAUUGCUGUUUCGAAAGGGUGAUUGCGGAGAAAUUUUUUCCAUUACAAUACCAAAUAAAAGCAUUUAUUUAAGCUCAUCUCAUUAGAAAGAAAGGAAAAACUCCGAACUGAUUAUUAUAUUUUAACUGAUUAUUGUACUUUUCAUUUGCAAUUCAUUAGUAUUAAGAAACUUAUAUCGUUAAUAUUCUAAGCUAUCGUGGAUUAUAAAGGCAAAUAAUGCCUUCACGAGUGAAUUUAUUUGAAAAAUUUUUCAAUUAAAAUAAUUUAAUAAAUAUUGUACUCAAUUUUAAUAUCAUAGUCUUUUAAUUUGUCUAAUUUUUUUUAAUUACUAAAAUAUGCAAAGAAUUCUAAAUCAAAGUUUCAGUUUGAAUCAACUGAACAAAAUUACAUAUAAACCUAUCUGAAGACGUUCUGAUAAUUUAGUGUUUAAUUUUUAUUUCACAAUAAUUUUCUCUUUUUCUAAGUGUUCUCUUAAUGCUAUUCGUUCAUAUAUUUUAAAACCUUGUCUCUUACGUUAAAAAUUUCAAGGAAAGAAAAAUAUUCAAAUGUUUUUUUUCUUAGUUUGACAAGACAUUAAAGAAGAUACUCACUGUAUGAGGCAAUGUAAUAUCUAAAAAGAUAUUUUUGCAUACUUGAAAUAGGAAAAAAAUAAUGUUAUAAAAAUUUGGCUGGAAUUUUAAAUAUUUAGCUAUCAAUCUUAAACUAAGCACAUAAGUUCCUCUCAGCUAAAUUGAAGUUAAAUUGGAAAAUACCUUUAUUUCUAUGUUCAAGAACUGAUCAUAGUACAUAUAACUGGACUAGGGUAACAUAAUGCUAAGCAAUAUUAAAAAAAAACCAACAUGGGAAAUAUGUCUUCAUAUUUUAUGCUGUCAUCCAGUAGAAAUUUUGGAAACUUAUAAAAUAAUUAUUUAGAAACAACACUGAGGAACAUUUAGUUGAAAAAAAUACCCCCUUUGGGAAAAAUGUGUCGUAUCACAAUAUUGUCUAAACUCUUCAUACUUUAACAGGAUUAUUUCGAGAAACUUAUCCAUUGAAGAAGUACUGUUACAGUUAAAAUUUCAGCCCUUUUUUGUUUUUAUUUUAUUUUUCAGAUGAGGAUUUUAAAAUGUAUGAAGAGAUGAUUAGAGAACACCCAGUAAUCGUUAAAAAGGGCAAUGUAUAUAAAAAUAUUUCUGAAGAAACGCUGUCCUUAGAUCUGAAUGCAAUAUCAAUACUUCAUAAUGCCAAAUUAAUUGAUAAUGCUGUUAUAAAUAUAUAGUGGUGAAUAGUUUUGUCAGUUCCUUUCUUCUUAUUUACUUUCGUAAGCAGAGAAAGACUAUUCAAAUUAAAUUAUACAUUUUAGAGUAUUUAGAGUACUAUAUGCAGAUACAGAUAAAAAAUUGUUAUAAGAUUGAAAAGUAAAUUAAAAAAGUAAUAAAAUAAUUUUCAUUCAUUUAUAUACAUGAUUGUUAAUGAAAAACAAUCAUUACUAAUUAGUGAUCUUAACAACUAUGAAUCCCACUCCUGAAUGGCUUUAAAUGACAAUAGAGAUUUCUUUCAAAUUUAUGCUUUUAAUAAAAAUUACGUAAUGUUUGUAAUUCAAUUCUAUUGUAUUCUAAAAGUAAAAAAGUAAUGUAAGAAAUGUUAUUAAUCAGAAAUUCUUUAUUUUAAAUCUUCUCAGAUUCUUGAUAUUCUCUGAAAUGUUUUGAUUUUUUUAAAUUUAAUUUUUGAAGUAUGUAUUUAAUACUUGCGAAUUUGUUCCUAAAAUAACUUUUAAGAAUAUGCAACGGUACUAUAGAUUAGGCGUGAAAUAAAUA